GACGACAUUUUCAUAACUGGAAUAGGCGCGAAUCCAAAGGCUCGACGUCAAUAGUCUAUCGUUUAUUCACUUACGCUCUCUGUCGUGAAUCCUCUCAUUUGCAGCUAACGGCCUUCAAUCGCUGCUUCACGCUCUUUCCAAUCGACAUCAUCAUCAUCACUCCCUUUUACUCCUGCUCAUCACUAAACCUUUCUUCUCUCGCCCUCUGUUCUUCUCCCCUUGGCGGAGCAUUCGAAAGCGCUUAUCCAUGCCCUCCUACGGCUCACUGCAAUCGCCCUCUUUCAGCAAAAUGAACGCGCUUGACUCCCGGCGGCGGGUGCCCCGUAACAAUUUUAGCUUUGCAAACAUUCUCGGAGACCCGUUUGCAUUGGCAACCAUUUCCAUUGCGAUCCUUGCGUGGCUCCUUGCCUUUAUCGCUUCCGUUAUUUCAGACAUUAAACUCAAGUUCCCCAACUUUGGCUGGUGGGCAGUUGUCUACAUGUUCUUCUGCAUUCUAGGUGUCGCAAUAGCGGUGGCAUCAGAUGCAAUCCACACCUAUCAUGUUGCUAUUGUUGGUUUCCUCGCGGCCGGGCUGGUCCUGACGUCGUCGGUGGUGAACAACUUGGUCUACUCUCCCGAUGCUGGCAUGGAAGCCGUAGCUGCUGGACACAUUCUGCUCUCCAUGAUCUCUAUUGUCUGGAUUUUUUAUUUUGGAUCUACCCCGCAGGCCACUCACCGUGCCUACGUCGACUCGUUUGCUCUGCACAGAGACCACCAUCCCUCCUCUCGCGCCAGCCAGCCCAUGUCUCACGCCUUUGGCAACGGCCGUCCCGACACCUCCGUUUCCUCAAACCAUGCCCCGCAAAUGUACACGUCCGCUCAAUUGAGUGGCUUUGAGACGGCGUCUCCGGUCUCAGCUUUCCCUGGCGGCCCGGUUGGUGGCAGCAGUGCUGAUCAGCGCAGCUCGUCCCGCUUCGGCAUUCCGCAAUCCUCUACGCCACCCAGCGGUACCGGCGCGAACAACGAAGGCGAUAUUUCUGCGCCGACCGAGUACCCCUACCGUGCCAAGGCCAUUUACUCUUACGAAGCCAAUCCAGAGGAUGCCAAUGAGAUUAGCUUCUCUAAGCACGAGAUUCUCGAAGUAUCCGACGUCAGUGGCCGCUGGUGGCAGGCAAAGAAGGAGAACGGCGACACUGGAAUUGCGCCGUCCAACUAUCUCAUCUUGCUCUGAACGAAUGGUUGAGAGAGUUCGCUGGCACUUGGCGAGAUUAAACCCGAGACCGUGUGAGCAACAGAGCAUCAAAGCCCUCUGCUUCUGCUCCCUUCUUCAUUGCACAUGGGCGAAGACACGUCGUUCCAAGUUUACUCUCCAUCUGUCCAUUUCGCGACUCAGCUCAAAAGUCCCAGCUAUUCGCGACAGGACGGGGAGUGUGGCUGGAGCACAACAGGACCUUUCUUCAAAAUCAAUGUGCAGCUAAAUCUCAGGAACCCCCCUGAGUUUUCCAUCCAUUGCUGAUCGCUCCUGC